AUGUCUACUGAAAACGAUGCUUCUUUACCAUCCUAUGAUGAUGUGAUUAGAGAAGAUGCUCAAAAAUUACAAUAUGAUCCAAAUGCUUCACGUACCGAUAGGCAACAACCUCCACUACCAACAAUAUCAAGACCACCCCCUUCUCCAAGACCUUCUUCUUCUACUACUAAAAGAACAAACUCUACAAAAUCUUCUCAUUCAAAUACAAUCAGUUCAACAAGAUUAUCUCAUUCAAAUACAAACGCCUCUACAAGUUCUCAUCAUUCAAAUUCAAACCAUUUAUCAGUACCUUCAACACAUAAAAAGCAUAGCUCCUCAAGUAGUGUAAGUAGCUCUCAUCAUUCAUCUGUUUCACCAUCAAGAACUUCAUCUCAUUCAAGUACAUCAUAUUCCACUUCACAUCGUGCAAAGCCUUUACCCUGGGUUUAUCCAAAUGGUUAUUAUUGUCCAAAAUGUGAUAAUACAGGUUAUAAGCUUAAAAAUGGUCAUUCGUGUAAAGUAUGUUGGGAAAGAUUUGCUCCAAGAAAUAAUGUUGGGGUAGUCCAGCCAGGCCAAAUUAAUGUUCAAGGUCCUAUUUUACAACCACAAUAUCAAAGACCGAUGUAUUCAUCACAUUCAACAAGUUCAAUGCCUUUAUAUGUUCAGCCAGGUGAUCCAAGAUUAGGUGGGGUUUUAUGUGGGAAAUGUAGGGGUUCUGGCAGAACAAGAUUCUUCCUGGAUGAAAAUUUAUGUACCGUUUGUGGUGGUGUUGGUAGAAUCGUACCGCAUUAA